ACGAAGCCUAUCACUUGUAUAAGCAAAGUUACAUAAUGUAGACUCAGUAUAUUUACACAGAUUAAAAGCUGGUAAAAGCGCCCAAACAUUCAAUAUAAUACUGCCCCUGUAACCUCUCACUUUCCCUUCAAUAUUCCCUCGUCAUGUGACCGCAUCUUAUGACUUCCUGUUUUGCAUAUACAGGCAGCUGUCCUGUAUUCACUCAAUCGUGAAGCACACAACUCGACAAAAGAUUUAAAAUAACCUUUUUUUUUUCACUUCGCCUGCACUUCAGCAUGGAUCCAGUCCUCAGUUUCUGCUUACAGAUUCUAAUCAUAUUUCUGUGUUGCGCAGUGUGUAGUGCUGACAUUUCCUGUAAAAAUGAAGCUGGUGAGCCUAUUGAUUGGUUCAUCAUCUACAAACUGCCCAAUUAUAAGAUUGGCGAGGUUGGCAGUGGGGUGGACUACAUGUACAUGGACUCCUCAAUAGGGAGCUGGCAGAUGAGUAAAUUCAUGGUUAACACCAGUCAGGGGGCCAUGGCGAACACACUGAACCAGCUUUACAUGGGAAAGGCCUACGAGUCUAACAGUUCAGUCUACGCCCUCUACAAUGAUGCACCACCGAUCCUGGAUUACAAACAGGGAUACGGACACACUAAAGGGGCGCUGCUCUUUGACCUCUCUCAAGGUUUCUGGCUUUCGCACAGCAUUCCCCAUUUCCCCUCGUUCCCUGAGAGAGGCUACCAUUACCCCUCCUCUGGCAAAGUGUAUGGCCAGACUGCUUUCUGCGUGACCUACCGUUAUGAUCAGUUGCUCCAAAUAGCAAAACAGAUGGUGUACCUUUACCCACGUUUCUAUAACUGCUCUGUACCGGCUGCAUUCUUGGCCGACCUGCCGCAGCUGGUUCAGCUGUGUGAAGGCUCCAAACUACCGCUGGCCUCAGAUAAGAGUGUGGAGCAACUUUUCUCAAUCCGAGGGGACAAGAUUGUCAGUUUUGUCAAAUCUGAAAGCUUUGUGGAUGACAUCUACACGGGCUGGGUGGCUCAGGAUCUGGAUGCCGACCUGCUGGUGGAGUCCUGGCAGACAAAAGGUCACGAGCUGCUCUCCAACUGCUCCCUGCGCAAACACACCAUGAACAUCAAGAGAAUUCGGCUUCCUGGAUCAGUCCGGUUCCAGUCCUACAACGACCACUCAAAGUGGUGCGUGUCGCGAGCCUACGAGGACCAGGUCACCUGCGUGGGGGAUCUGAACAGGGAGAAGGCCCAAAUGUGGCGUGGUGGGGGGCUGCUCUGCACCUUCAACCCCUUGAUUUAUAAGGCCUUCAGACAGGUGGUGGAAUGGUACAUUGGCUGCUGAGCGAGAGAGCGAACGAUUGGAUGAAGCGGACUGGAUUAGUCUCACACGGCAUGGUUUAAAUCUGUUUGAAAGUUACGAGAUUAAAUGUGUAGGUGGAUCCUGUUAGAGUUAAAGCUGCUGGCAUGCAACCAUCGGACCACAAACGUUUCAAAUUAGCUAUCAGUUUCAUUGGUAGUAACAUGUCAAGCCUUUGAUAAUCUACUGACUGGAAGAAUAUAUGGUUUUAUUUUACCAGCUGUGUGAAUUUGUAUCUUGUAUGAAAACGGUUCUCUUUUUCUUUGUCUUUUUUUUUUCUUUUUUUUAUACUAAGUUAAUUGGAUAAACUGGCAACCCCUGGAUACUGAAUUGAUAUUUCAUGUUAUACUGAAAGCAUAACAAUAACAGCACAGAAUAAAUUAUAAACUGUACAUUUAACCUUAAUAGUCAGCACAAAAACUGCAGCAACUUUGUGUAAAACAAGCGGUUUGGAUGAAUUUUGAGCAGAUUAUUUUUCAGUGAAUAUUGCGUCAGAAAUGAGUUUUCCUGAUGUUUUCAUGUUUUGCCAUAUUUUUUAACAGUCAUAUACACUUUUUAUUUGUAGUAGUAGUAGUAAUAGUGGUGUAGCUUUUGUUCUGGUCUUUACUGUGCCCUUAUCCUGUGAGAUUUUUUCAUGAAGUUUAUGUCUUGAAUAAUAACCUAAACUUUGAAAUAACAAUUUUAUUCAGUUUUAGACACAGAAAUAUAUGAAAUGCUAAGAUACAGGCUUGCUGUAAAUAAGUUUUUUUUACACCCUUAAAAAUCAAGAAGGCUUUGAUUUCCUUCAAAGCUUUGGUGACCAGUAAUGGGGGUCAGGACCCCGAAGUUGUCAGUGGCCUAUUUUAUGUACCCAUCUGUUAAAUAAAUGGAUAUGCAAGAAA